UGGCCCCGAGUGUGACUGGUUUCCGGCUGGUGGUGUCUCACCGGCUUCCCGGAGACGUGUAACGGGUGGUGGGCCACAGCCAUGGCUGAGAGGAAACCUAACGGUGGGGGCGCCGCCUCCACCUCCUUGUCGGGCACUAAUUUACUCUUCUCAUCCUCGGCCACGGAGUUCAGCUUCAAUGUGCCCUUCAUCCCAGUCACCCAAGCCGCCGCCGCCUCGGCCUCCCUGCUCCUGCCUGGAGAGGAUUCCACAGAUGUUGGUGAGGAGGACAGCUUCCUUGGCCAGACUUCUGUUCACACGUCUACCCCACAGACAUUUAGUUACUUCUCUCAGGUAUCAAGCAAUAGUGAUCCAUUUGGGAAUAUUGGACAGUCGCCGUUGACAACUGCAGUCACAUCAGCUGGACAGUCAGCAUUCUCCAAGCCCCCAGCUCCCCUCCCUUUUACAACUGGAUCCCAAGAUGCGUUUCCACCUUCUAGUUCAAAGGCUCAAUAUGGUGCUCCGCCUUCUUCACAGAUGGGAACAAAUACUUAUUUGCCUUCUCAGCCAAGCACUCUCCCGCCUUCAGAUUUUGGGAGCCCACCCCAAGGAAUGCCCCAACAAGGGUACAACCCCUAUCGCCAUACUCCCGUGAGCAGCAGAGCCAACCCUUACAUCACACCACCACAGCUACAGCAGUGCCAAACGCCAGGCCGCCCCGCCCACCCUCCACCCUCCGGACCCCCUGUCCACACGUACCAGAUGCCUCCAGGAUCUUUGCCACCGAUGCCUCCUUCAGUGCAGACAGGGUUGUCCUCUCCAACACAGGAGCAGGCACUUGCUAGACCUGUGGGCCCCUCUGUGCAAGUGCCACCGCCUUUUAUACUUCAAAACCAAUACGAACCUGUUCAGCCUCACUGGUUUUACUGCAAGGAGGUAGAAUACAAGCAGUUGUGGAUGCCUUUCAGUGUGUUUGACUCCUUGAAUCUUGAAGAAGUCUAUAACUCAGUGCAGCCGGACCCUGAGAGUGUGGUUCUGGGCACGGAUGGAGGGCGCUACGACGUCUACCUCUACGACCGAGUGCGGAAGGCUGUGUACUGGGAAGAGGAGCCGGCCGAAGUGAGGCGCUGUACUUGGUUUUAUAAAGGGGACACAGAUAGCAGAUUUAUUCCCUAUACAGAGGAAUUUAGUGAAAAACUAGAGGCUGAAUAUAAAAAAGCUGUAACUUCGAAUCAGUGGCACCGCAGAUUAGAAUUUCCAAGUGGAGAGACAAUUGUUAUGCACAAUCCAAAGGUUAUCGUUCAGUUCCAGCCUUCAUCAGUGCCGGAUGAAUGGGGGACCACACAAGAUGGACAGACAAGGCCCAGGGUUGUAAAGCGUGGGAUUGAUGAUAACCUUGAUGAAAUUCCUGACGGGGAAAUGCCUCAGGUUGAUCACUUGGUGUUCAUGGUACAUGGCAUUGGACCUGUGUGUGACUUGCGCUUUAGAAGCAUCAUUGAAUGCGUGGAUGAUUUUAGGGUGGUUUCUCUCAAGUUGCUACAGACACAUUUCAAGAAAUCUUUAGAAGAUCGGAAAAUAAGCAGAGUGGAGUUCCUUCCAGUUCACUGGCAUAGUGCGUUGGGUGGGGAUGCCACAGGUGUUGACAGGAAUAUUAAGAAAAUCACUUUGCCAAGUAUUGGUCGGUUUCGUCACUUUACCAAUGAAACCUUGCUGGAUAUUCUAUUUUACAACAGCCCCACCUACUGUCAGAAGAUUGUGGAAAAAGUGGGAAUGGAGAUGAACCGCCUGCAUGCACUCUUUAUGAGUCGGAACCCAGACUUCAAAGGCGGGAUCUCUGUUGCUGGUCACAGUUUAGGUUCUUUAAUAUUGUUUGACAUCCUGUGUAAUCAGAAAGAUUCGGCUUUGUCAGAGUCUCCAAGGCCUUUUGCUGUUGCUAAUGGAGCUGUCAAGCCGCCGCGUUUUCAGGAGAAGCAGAUGCCUGAGGAGCCAAAGCUGACCUUGGAUGAGUCUUGUGACCUUGAUGUUGAAAAUGAAGAAGUCUUAACUUUGCAAGAAACUCUGGCAGCACUUAGCCUCUCUGAAUACGUUAGCACUUUUGAAAAGGAAAAGAUUGAUAUGGAAUCUCUGCUUAUGUGUACAAUCGAUGACCUGAAGGAAAUGGAAAUACCCCUGGGACCCAGAAAGAAGAUUGCUAACUUUGUAAAACAUAAAGCAGUCAAACUGGAACAGAAAAAAGCAGCCUCAGAAAAGAAGGCAGUGAUGGCAGCUUCGACAAAAGAACAAGAAGAAAGUGCUCAGAAACCUAAAGAAACAGCUUCUCUCCCCUCUGAGUCUACUGAUUCCAAAAGGAAACUUCCAGUUGGUACUUAUGUUUCUUCUGUUCAUGUUGAUUAUGAGUCUUUUGAAGUCGGCACUGGACAGGUUUCUGUUGUUUAUAGCCCAUUAGACUUUGAACCAGAGAUUUUCUUUGCAUUGGGAUCUCCAGUUGGUAUGUUUCUUACUAUUCGAGGAGUGGAUCGAAUAGAUGAGAACUACAGGCUUCCCACCUGUAAAGGAUUCUUCAAUAUUUACCAUCCGCUUGAUCCAGUGGCAUACAGACUAGAACCUAUGAUUGUUCCAGAUUUGGACCUAAAAGCCGUUCUCAUUCCACAUCACAAAGGCAGAAAAAGGCUUCAUUUAGAGUUGAAAGAAAGUCUCUCUCGCAUGGGAUCUGAUUUGAAGCAGGGUUUUAUUAGCUCUCUGAAAAGUGCUUGGCAGACAUUAAAUGAGUUUGCUCGUGCUCAUACCUCUUCAACUCAGUUACAAGAAGAAUUGGAGAAGGUAGCCCAUCAAAUCAAAGAAGAAGAAGAAAAGCAAGUUGUUGAAGCAGAAAAGAUUGUUGAAAGUCCAGAUUUUUCCAAGGAUGAGGACUACUUAGGAAAGGUUGGAAUGCUAAAUGGAGGCCGCCGCAUUGACUACGUUCUUCAGGAAAAGCCAAUAGAGAGUUUUAAUGAAUAUCUUUUCGCUCUUCAGAGUCAUUUAUGCUAUUGGGAAUCUGAAGAUACUGCCCUGUUAUUACUUAAAGAAAUCUAUCGAACAAUGAACAUUAGUCCAGAACAGCCCCAGCAUUGACUGGACUUCAGUUUCACUGUAAUCUUUAAACUUGGAAUGCAUCUUAAAAUCAGCCGUUGCCUCGAUGAAAGUGGAGUUCUUCCCAACGUGGCUUGCAGUUUCUACGGCCAGUCGCUGGGGGGCACUACCAACCUGCAUCUGCUUAAACUGACUUCUCUGAGAUUUUCUUGAACUGUGCUGGUGUUGUGAAUUGAGACCACAGAAUUUGCAGGCAGGACCUUGUGGAUGUAUCAGUUGAAAUACCAAGGAAUUUUUCCCCCUCUUCCCAUGGCUAAGGAGGAGGUGUACAGACUUCUUUGUCAUCCCUUCUGUGGGAAGGGGUAUUUUUUUAAUCCUUCAUCGAGGUCGUGGCCAUUUGACGUUCUCACUUUUUGUGAAGGCCUCUGUCUCCUUUUAGAUUUCCUAUCCUGGGCAUCUUUUCUUCGCAUGGUAUAAAAAAUAAUGGUGCAUUAGAUUCAUUGAAAUAUGGUGUUUUGUUGUAACUUCACAGUUUUUACUGUCUGGCAGUGCAGGCUAUCAGUAGACGAUAGUCUUGGCGAUUAUUCCAAGUGAAUUUUGAAAUGAUUUAAGUUCCCCAACAGUCUCUCCACGAAAUGAACACAACUCUAAAAUGUAUAGUAGUCCCUGGAUUUUAAUAUUACCUAAUGUGAAAAAGUAAGAACCUUUCACACUUAAUUAGUUCACUCUUUACUAUUUUAUUUCUUAUACUUGGUUGUAAAAUUUAGGCAAGAAUUUAAGUUCCUAAUACUGUCCUAAUACUAUGAAGUAAUUAAUUUAAAAUAUUAACAAUUCUUCCAUACAUCGUUCAUUCAAGCAGAGAUCAGUUUUGCUGAAUUCUUUUAUAUUCAUCUCAUUUAUUCCUUUCUAGACUUGUUCUUCAAAAAGCCCCAGAUUAACCUGUCAGAAGCUUCCUUUUACUUUCUGUACUCAUUAUGUUAUAAAGAUUAUCAUGCUGAAUUAACCCCCGGCAUGCUCCUGGCCGCACUCUGUCCCUUCCCUUCCCAGGGCCUGUCUGAGGACUUGCGCUCGCAGUGUUCCUUGUUCAGAGGCACUUUACAGUGUGUGCUCAGUCAAGUGGAGCCCUUGACAGCAUGUUCUUUUGGUUCAGAAAGGAACAGCAGUGCAUUAUUAUAUUAUUACUGUAAGUUUGUGAGGUUCACCAAGGAUUCUUUUUUUCUUUAAAAGACUUUUUAGGUCUUUCCAAAAAGUCACAGUAUAAAUGACAUUGCUGAGAAAAUCCUCAGAGGACAUUCCCAGUUUGCUCCUGUGAUGGAUGACAGAAAAGUCAUGCGCUGACAGUUGCUUAGAUGUACUCCUCAGAUGUAGGGGUUCAUGUAGAAGAAAACAUACAGAAUGAAGACACAGUGGAAACGGUACCGCCUUUGACAGUAUAGAUGAGAAAAUGUAAUUAUCAAAGUGGCGCAGUUAAAAAUUCCUCAGAUUAGUUAGCUGUACAGUUGUCAAAGUAAUGUGUGAUGUCAGUGAAGAUAAUUUUGUGGCAUGCAGACGGCUGUUUCUGUUUCUUAAAAACCUAUUGUCUGUGGGCUGUUAAACUUGCAUUUUUUUAACGUAGUAUGUUCUUUUAUUCAAAUAUGGAUUUCUUGAGAAACUAUAGAAAUAAGAUUUUUAAAAAUUUUAUGUUCUACUUUAAAUGUGAAUUGUCCAGAGCUGCUGUAAUGCAGGGUCGUUUGUAUUUGUUAAGAGGCAGUAACCAAGAUCACUUAUACUCCAAGUUGAAGCGGAGGUUUCUAUGCAACCUUUCACGCACAGCUGUGGGGGAAGGUGCACGGAAGCCCUCGGAAGCCCUCCUGGCCGCCGGUGCCACUAGGGGUGGGCUUGGGGCAGUGCUCCGGCUGGGUUUUGUAGGGUGUCACCUCAUUGCUGAAAUUCCAGUUAAUGUGAGAGCCAAACUAGAGGUUUUAUGGUUUUCUUCUUUUUUUCUUUUUGCUUUGUAUUAAUUAAUUUCACUUAUACCAAAGUGGUUGAAAGAAUGAAAUGUAUUGCUUCUAGACCAUGAAUCUACUUCAUGAAAAGACUAUUCUGUAAUAUUUCAUUUUGUUUUACUAUAACUUUAAAUUGCAUUAACUAUUUUCCUAAUACUACAUGGGAAUACUGAUUUUUCUUUUUUUGUUAUGCAGUAGAAACAUUUUACACUGUUUACAUAGUUCUCAUGGAACAUAGAAUUUUUUCAAAGUAACAUAUGAUACACAUUUUUGUGUAUAUAUUCUAAUUAGUGUGAAUAAAACAGUAACAUCAAUGCAUUUUUUUAAGCAGCACACUUCUGUUUCUCGUCUUCCUUAAAAGUAUUCCUAUGAAUUCGGCAUUUAUUUACGUUUUAUUGUGAGUACAUGCUAUAUAUAUAUAGUUAAUACAUAGCAUUUGCUCCUAAUAAUGGAAUUAGGACAGUAGAAUUUUAGACCUGCGGUUGACCCCCAAAAACGUGUGUUGCACGCACCUCAGUGUGUGGCUGAGGACACGCCGCCAAGUGGCUUUCUCAGGCUGCCAGUGGCGGCCCCGGGCUGGGCUACGGUUUUCCUGACUCCCUUCGGUCUUCAGUUCUCUGUGCCUGUGCUCCUACUUUUCAUUUAUUUUUCACUUCCCCAAACUGACAACAUUCAGAAAAACAAGGGUUAUUUAUGUAUAUUUUAAUAAAAUCUCGUGUGAUUUUUCAAA